CUGCCAUUAAAGCACAGCCUCGACACAGACUGCUCUUUAAAGUGACAUCCUCAACUCCACCGCCUAUCAUUUCUUCCAGAUCCUGUUCACUUAUCUCUCCACUUUUAGCGACGUCUGGUCCAUUAAGGGCUAAAAUCUAGUUUAAUGCGGCUGGAUCUGCGUUAUACAUUGGUUUGGUUUCUCAAUGUGCGUCAUUCGCCGAUUGUCUUUUCAAAGGUUUGGAUGAUUCAGAUUGUGGAUAUACAUUAGCCAUCAACGGGAGCAGCUCUUUUUCUGGCGGUGGUGAUUUUUUUUUUCUUCUGGGUUUUACACUUCUCAUGUACUCGGCAAACUGGAAGUUCUCGCACUUUUGGAGUUGUGAGACUGGCUGUUCCUCGGUUUUCCAUCUGAGCUGUUGUUGGAUGUAGGGUCAUGUUCAGACAAAUUGGCCUCUAGGAUUUUAAACGUAUCAUUUGUGCUUCGUCAUUUUUAUUUGAUUUUUGGAGACGUCAACAGGAAGGAAAGCUUGUAUGGCUUGCUGCUUUCAGACAAGAUGCCAUCGUAGCUGGAGUCCAGAUGAUGAAGUUGAGCACCAGCACAGCACCAUGGGCAGUGAAGGGGGCACGGCAGGGGAUGGCACUCCUCCUCCCAAACGUAAGGGAAAGUUCUCUACCCUGGGGAAGAUCUUCAAACCCUGGAAGUGGAGGAAGAAGAAAAGCAGCGAGAAGUUUAAGGAAACUUCAGAAGUUUUGGAAAGAAAGAUGUCGAUGAGGAGGCCAAGACAGGAACUGAUCGAACAGGGAGUGCUCAAGGAGCUUCCUGACAAUGAAUCGGGUGAGGCUCACGGGCACAAAGCCCCGUAUGUGAAGAAUGGCCACACGCUGCCUGUGGGUGUUGGUGGAGGUCUGGCGCUGGAGCAAGUUCACUCGCCUUCAGAGUCUGAAUUUAGGAUCAACCCUGUCUGGCUCCCACAGCCUGAAGAUCGGCGAGUUCGAGCUCCAUCAGACGGGGAUCAUCGUGGAGCUCUGGGGCCCCGGGCCUCCAAUCAGGAUGAUGGCAGGAGAGGCGGAUGGUCUGUUGGGACAGAGGACUGGAAAAAUAAUCUGGCCUGGCAUGGAGAAGAUAUUCGGCGUGGAGGACGAGCACAUGCUGAAAUGGACAAGAGGCCCGGAUUAAUGAAAGCGCCGUCUGAGGAUGGACGCAGAACUCGACCCGAACCUGACUGGAAACCUACACUUCCCCGCCAUUCAUCUGUCGAAGAGGGAAGAGGAAGACGAGAAUCCGACAGCAGUCAGUACCUUCCCAACUCCGAGAUGAUGAGGGACACCCUGCGUGAGCCUCUGCCCCCAAAACAGUCCAUCAUGCCCCCCAAAUGGCUAAUGACCUCAACCCCUGAACCUGGAUCUGACAGCUUGCCCCGCACUCCCGUCCACAACCCAGCAGCACCUUCCUUCUGCUCCUCCAACUCCUCCUCAUCCUCCUCAGCUGGGAAACCACUCCGUAACGUGUCCUCGGCGGGUGCAAACACAGCGCCCCCCAGCGGUACCCCCCUCACCACCUCCUCAGCGCCAUGCUCGAUGGGCACCAUCCCGAAUCAUCCCUCUAAACAGCCCCCUCUGCCUCCACCCAAACCUAUCAACCGCAACAACAACCCCGCCAUUAUGGCCUCCGCCCUGCACGGGGGCGACGGCAGUGAUAUCCCUCUCUACUGGUCCUGUUGGAAGCGUGAGGGUGACUAUGACGUCUACCUGUCCCUGCCUGUGUACCUCUGCCGGCGGGCAGGAGGCUUGCGCACAGCUGAACUCACACAAGGAGGCAUGAACCUGGUACCAGCCAAGCCGUCGCCCCCCAUGCCCCCGAAGAGAACCACACCUGUCACAAAACGUAACCCAGAGGACUCGCCCCUCACCAUCGCCUCCCUUCCCUCCAUCCUGUCGGAGGACAUGAGGGCCAACAUCCCCGGGGGCUACCAGCUGCCCCCGCCGCCCCCAUCACCACCUCUGCCCACGCACAUCCCCCCGUCCCCUCCGCGAGCACACACCCAUCACCUGCUCCACCAGCACUCGUACCCCUACCCCCUGCCCCAGCCACUGCCCGUCCACUUCGACCCUCCCAGCCCGCCAGAGGAGCCGCCAGCCAGACAAGCCCCUAUUCCCUUACACAUCAUGAUCCAGAGGGCCCUCAGUAGCCCAGGACCCACUGUUCCACACCCGGACGGCUCCCAGCGAGCCCAUUCACUGCUGUUCGAGACACCGCCAGAGUACCAGGGGGGACGGCCACUGCCGGUCACCAUCCAGCCUCUCAGACUGGAUGAGGAUGAUUACUCUGACGAAGAGGAGGAAGAAGAAGAUGAUGAUGAUGAUGAUGAAGAACCUCCACCAGUUCACCUUCCAUCCCCUCAGUCUCAGCCGGAGCUUGAGCCUCGCAGCCGCAGGUGUCUUGUAGGGGAGCUGAGCGUCAGCGUCAUCCCUGAAGGAAACAACAGCAGUGAGGAGGAAGAUGAGGAAGAUCAGCACCCAGAGGAGAGCGACUCGGACGGGCCUGUGCUGUAUAAAGACGAUGAAUCCGAUGAAGACGAGGAAGACGAUAGCCCACCAAGUGCUCUGGCCAGCAGGGUGAAGAGGAAGGACACGCUGGCGCUAAAACUGAGCAGUCGGCCCUCUGCUCCAGACAGGCAGGCUCCUGAGCGGCAGGCCAAAGUGGAGCACACGGGUCUGUCAUGGCAGAGCAAGGAGCAGUGGGAGGCCAUCCGAACACAGAUCGGGACAGCACUCACACGACGAUUGAGUCAGAGACCUACUGCUGAGGAGUUGGAACAGAGAAACAUUCUCCAGCCCAAAAAUGAAGCAGACAGACAAGCAGAAGUCCGAGAGAUCAAGCGCAGACUCACCAGAAAGUUGAGUCAACGACCGACUGUGGCCGAACUACAGGCUCGAAAGAUCUUACGUUUCCACGAGUAUGUGGAAGUCACAAGCGCUCAGGAUUAUGACCGCCGUGCUGACAAGCCGUGGACCAAACUCACUCCCGCAGACAAGGCUGCUAUUCGUAAAGAGCUCAAUGAGUUUAAGAGCUCAGAGAUGGAAGUGCAUGAGGAAAGCAGAAUUUACACAAGAUUCCAUCGUCCUUAAUGGCAUCUUUUACCCGGAGAAUGAAGCACUUAAAGACCGGUGGAUAUUGGGAAGAAAUGGCUGUGUUUUUUGUGCUAAGGAGCCUCGGCGGUCUCUGAGCUCCUCUCAGACUGCUUUUAAUAUGAAUGUACAUCUUCAGACACCUGGAGCAUUCGCAAACAAAUCAAAAAAACUAAAAAAAAAAGAAUGUUUCUCAGUCGUUCACCUGAUAAUGUGUGGGAUGGGUGACCUCUGGGGGACAGAUGCAGUAUUUCUCCUGGACUUUAGGGGACCCUUGUGCCAAGACAGAGAGGCGAUGAAGGACUUACAGAGGAUGUGACGUGUGCCAAUGGCAGAUAUUCCUCUCUCUACUCUCUGAAUGGCCUUCUUUUCUGCUUUUACUUCAUAUGAUAAAACUUUAUUUCCUUUCAGGGAAGUGUAACAAAGUUAAAAGUAAUAGUAAUAAUAAUGAUGAUGUGACAAUAAUAAAUACAGUAAUACUACAGUAAGUGUUAGUUACUGAGCAUAGCAGGGCAGACGAAAGAACUGCAAGACUAAGGCCUGAGCCAGGACUUUAAUUGUGUAUUUGUGUAUGUUUGUAUAGGCUGCUGUAAUUUUUCUCUUAGUUGGAGCGUUUUAAAUAUUAGAAACUUUAAGGCACAAAUAACUUUUUUUUUUUGUAUUGCAUAACUUUGGCAUUGGCCAUCUUGAUUCAGGACAGGGUAACAGAUCCCCCCUCCCCCCUACGCUAGGGUCCUCUCUGUUUGAGAAGUCAUAGAGGAGAAUAGAAGAAUAUGGGAUCAAUUUUUAGUUAGAAUGUAAGCAUUUCGCAUAUCGUAAUAUUGAUUUACAGCAAAACUGUGAUCUGGUAUGUUUUGUUUUUCAUCAUAUCACCUUCUGUAAAAGUGAGGUCCAGCUAUUUCAGUUUUAAAAAGGUGUCCAGAUGAUGUUUACAGAAUAUUUUAUUUCUAAAUAAAAAGGAUUUCCUGAUUAUUUUUGACCCAUUUAAAAGGAGGAAGGAUUAAUUCUGGGCACGCACUGAUAUCAUUCUUAAAAAUAAUGAAGUUUUGUUGACAGAGGUUAAUGCGGCAGGAACUGUUCUUCUUUUUUUUUUUUUUUUUUUUUGCAAUAAUUUUAUGCUUUUAUUUUGUUUUUCGGCCAGUAGGAUAAUAGGAAAUGCUCUGUUGUACAGAUCCAUUCUGUAGAUGAAACUGACUGUUUGUGUAUAUCUUGUCUUCCUUUUAUUUUGAGAAAUAUUUUAAAUAUAUUGAAACUCAUAUAGGUUACUAUUUUUUUAAGCACAAAAUGAUUAGUGUAUUAUUCGACACUACAAGAAUGGGAGCAGAAUGUUCCACUGUAAUGUAGCGUUGUAUAUUCUUGCCUUUUAAUUAUAUGUGAACUUUUAGAAACUGACAGUAAAUUUGCUGUUUAGAUGUAAACACCUCUGAAUCUAAAUUAAAACGCUUACCAAUAA